UUGAGUGACGCCACCGUCGCCACAAGUAGCAGCAAGCCCAAGCGAAGGAGGUGUACUGGGAAGAGGGAGAGAUUUAAAUAAAAAGAAGGGAACGGUCAGGUGGCUCGUACUCGUUCCCGUGUGGCGUGCUACGUAAUUACUGAACUAACUGCAAAUGUAAUUUGUAGUCAGUCAGACACCUGUAUAGAUACUAGUUUGGUAGCGUUUACAAAGUUUACCUUAAGUUUUGGAAACUGCCCUGGCGUUGGCCUUCUUCAACCCCGUCGGGCCCGCUCCUCCUCUACUAACGUUAGGUGAUCGAGUUGAAGAAAGAUGGUGUCCUGGCUGAUCUCGAGAGCGAUCAUGCUUGUGUUUGGAUCGUUGUACCCUGCCUACUACUCCUACAAAGCUGUGAAAACCAAGAAUGUCAAGGAAUAUGUCCGCUGGAUGAUGUACUGGAUCGUCUUCGCACUUUAUACAGUGGUGGAAGCGGUCACAGACCUCACUGUUGCAUGGUUCCCCCUCUAUUAUGAGAUGAAGGUUGCCUUUGUGAUUUGGCUGCUGUCGCCCUACACCAGAGGUGCCAGUCUUAUCUACCGAAAAUGCCUGCAUCCUCUGCUGACUUCCAAAGAAAGGGAAAUCGACGACUACAUCGUCCAGGCCAAAGAGCGCAGCUACACGACCAUGGUGAACUUCGGCAGGCAGGGCCUGAGCAUCGCCGCCACCGCAGCUGUCACCGCAGCUGUCAAGGGACAAGGAGCCAUCUCGGAGCGCCUGAGGAGCUUCAGUAUGCAGGAUCUGUCGCAGAUCAGCGCCGAUGAUCCUCCCACCCAGCUGUACCCCGGAUACUCGAACCCCGGCAGGAGAGCCAAAACCCCCGCCGCCGACACCGACGACUACUACCAGUACGAGCAGGAGUACAAGACCGAUGAGGAGAACGAGGAAGGCACUUUUUCGGAGGACGAGGCCGUGGCACAGCGUGGCGUGAGGAGGUCCCAGAGCGUGAAAAUCUCCCGCUCAAAAUUACGCAAAGAGGCUCGGUAUGGAUCCCUGAAAAUUAGAGGGAAAAGAAGACCAACACUGAACUCGCUCAACUAUGCACUAUAAAAAUUCCAGAUUUCCAUGGACCGGACUACUGAUAUAAACACGUUCUUCCAUGAAAAAGGGAUGGUCUGUAAAUAUUUUUGUCAUUUGAAAUGGUUGAGGGUCCUAUCCGUUUUUAAAGCACACACUAUGUGAGGUAAAGAAAGAAAUACCUAUUCUUUUCAAAGACAUUAUUUAUUUUUUAUUAGCUAAAAAGUUAGUGUACUUUGUAUGCAGUUUGGAUUUACUUUUUGCUUCUUUAUUUCUGUGUGAAUUGCUUCUGUAUGUAUGGCUGACUUAGGUGUAGUUUGAGUUUUAUUUUGUAGUCAUACAGGUGUGUAUGUGUACCUGAAGUUGUAUUAUUUAUAUUUUAAUGAGUAGCUUGUGUGUAUUUUGACGUAGGUUUGUGUACUGUAUCACCUCACAGGUUUAGUGUGUCACACUGUUACAAUCCUCAUUUAAAAUUGACUUAAUUAUGAGUAUUCUGACAUGCUUGACAAAACCAUGAGACCAAAAAGGUUCCUCAUUGCUUAAUGGGGGGAAGUACCAAUCACAAGGGAUAAAGGGAAUUGACGUGGAAUAUGUAUAGGGUAUAUAUGCUCGAUGAGAAAUUGGCUUGUCCAGUUUCAGUAGCUGCUUGUACAAAAACUAGCAAAGCACAAGUUGCCUUUUUGAUGCCUUCUUUUGCACAUUCCAGACUGGAAGCCUUUGUUCUCUGCUGUAACUUAACUUGCCUUCCCGAUUUAGAAUGUGCCCUACUUUUGGGGAAAGAACUCUGAAUGAACACCUGGGGACACCAAAGCUCUUUGUACUUUACCUGGAACUUGAUGUUCAGGUUGAAUGGGCGACUCAUUCUUUGUUUAAAACAAAAACUUUCAUGUGAACAAAUAAAGUAUGAGCGAUUAUG